AUGUUCGGGAGGGCGCCGAGGAAGAGCGACAAUACGCGGUACUACGAGAUCCUGGGAGUGUCGAAGAAUGCAUCCCAGGAGGACCUGAAGAAAGCCUACCGUAAGGCAGCCAUCAAGAACCAUCCCGACAAGGGUGGCGACCCGGAGAAGGUAGGAGCUAGGGUGGUUCCCUCUCUGAUCUUCUUCUCCACCCCCGAUCAAGCCAUCAUUUAUCUGAUCUUUCGUAGAUUUGACUCGUUCGAGUAUCGUAUCCCCGCCAAUGAGGAUGUGUGUUUUGGGGACCUGAUCGUGUUGUCCUGUUAUAUUAGUAAUGGCUAGACCUUCCGCUUGCCGUUAUCUGGGUGGUUCUCUAUUCCUCUACGAUGCUUCUCUCCCAAUCCUCGGCGGUGCGAAAUUUGUUGAUUUGAUUUUUAUCCUUCUUGAUUGUAGUCUCCGUACCAUCGGUUUUUUCCCUCGUCGCGUUGGUCGCAGGGGCCACUGAAUUCCAUAAAUUACUUAGGCUGGACCACGCUGAUGCUGUCGGUCCUCUGUUUUCCGCGCAGUUCAAGGAGUUGGCUCAGUCCUACGAGGUCUUGAGUGACCCGGAAAAGCGUGAGAUAUACGAUCAGUAUGGAGAGGACGCGAUCAAGGAAGGAAUGGGUGGUGGCGGAGGACAGGGCGACCCCUUCGACAUCUUCCAAUCUUUCUUUGGCGGCAGUCCCUUUGGAGGUUGGGGAUACCUCCCUCACCUGGAGUCUGAUUCUCGAGUCUUCAUUCAGGGGAAUUCUUAACCCAGCGCUGCGCCGUGCCGUCUGUUUUGCUAGGUGGUGGUAGCAGCCGCGGGCGAAGACAGAGGAGAGGGGACGAUGUUAUCCAUCCCCUCAAAGUCUCUCUGGAGGAUCUCUACAGCGGGAUGUCGAAGAGGCUAUCGCUCUCACGCAAUGUUCUAUGUCCUAAAUGCAAGGGGUAAGAAGAUGAGUGUUGGAUCUCUUCAUCAUUCCUCCCUCACGGCAGCAUGACCUCAUGCCGAAGCUCGGUGCUCAUCGUUCUCUCUUUCUGAAAACCAGGAAAGGGUCGAAGUCUGGCGCUUCCGGGAGGUGCGCUGGUUGUCAGGGCUCGGGAGUGAAGGUCACGGUUCGCCAGUUGGGCCCGGGCAUGAUCCAGCAGAUGCAGCAACCUUGCAGUGAGUGCAGGGGAACCGGGGAGACGAUCAGCGAAAAGGAUAGAUGCCCGAAUUGCAAGGGUGACAAAGUCGUGCAAGAGAAGAAGGUGCUCGAAGUUCACGUGGAGAAAGGGAUGCAACACGGCCAGAAGAUCACCUUUGCGGGAGAAGCAGACGAGGCGGUAUGGCAGAAGCAGCUACGUACAAAUCACUUCUGCGCUCGAUCCCUCGGAAGCUAACCGCGGAACUCUCUGACUUUCAUUUUGCAGCCUGACACCGUCACCGGCGACAUCGUAUUUGUCCUCCAGCAGAAGGAGCACCCCAAGUUUAGGAGGAAGGGAGACGACCUCUUCGUCGAACAUACACUUUCCUUGGCGGAGGCGCUCUGCGGCUUCCAGCAGGUCUUGACACACUUGGACGGCAGACAGUUGCUCAUCAAGUCCAACCCUGGGGAGGUCAUCAAGCCUGGUAAGCGCCUCCUCUCCGCUAGUCAGUCGGUGAAGCUCUCUCCUGGCAUUUGCCUGUUUGGGACCUGGUCCUGAUUCGUUCCACUGCAGGCCAAUUCAAGGCAAUAAACGAGGAGGGUAUGCCCCUUUACCAGCGGCCUUUCAUGAGGGGCAAGCUGUACAUCCACUUCACAGUAGACUUCCCAGACUUCUUGACCUCGGAGCAGAGCAAGGCCUUCGAAGCCAUUAUGCCAUACCCCAAGUCAUCUGCGCUACUCACGGAUAUGGAACUGGAUGAGUGCGAGGAGACUACUCUGCACAACGUGAACAUCGAGGAAGAGAUGCGGAGGAAGCAGCAGCAACAGCAGGCUCAGGAAGCUUACGAGGAAGACGACGGUGGAUCCGGUGGUGGUGCCCAGAGAGUACAGUGUGCGCAGCAGUAA